AUGGGAAAACGACAGCUAUCGCCUAUGGGCUUACAAGCACGGCAAGAGGGUGAGGGAUCUCAGUUGCUGCCAGCUAUGUGCUUCUCUCUCUGCGAUAGCGCAUAUAUGGAAGCCCAAAGGCUCGGCAAAACUGCAGAACUGUGUUCAAAAGACGCAGCCUUUCUUUCAAUCUUCGGGAAUUGUACCGCUUGUAUCAAGGAUAACUCGAACGACACCAAGUAUUCAGAGAUCGAGAAGGGUUACAUCAAGCCAAACUUUCAACCAUGGCUGGACUACUGCGAAGUCUUGCCGCCGAUUCCGAUAUCAGCUACCAGUGGACCGACCAAGAUGAUUGAGUUUCCCGCCGAUUACUUUGACACCGUAAUAAAGACCUACUGGAAACAAACAUUACUGGGCCCGAAUAGCAUCACUUCGUUUUUGGAGACAGUCACACAGAUUCUACCCAAUCUGAAGUCCUUCAACCUUACUGAUCCCCAGGAAACAACUUCGACCACUUUUAGCAAUGCUACCACUACGAGUCUAUCUUCAUCUACUAGCACCUCCGCAACUGCCACACAGUCAGUCUCAGAACUCGAGUUCGACCAAUCCGGAACCCCAACUACACUAAACAGAAGCUCCCUCAUCGGUGCGAUAGUAGGCUCAGUAAUAGGCGGACUCCUCCUCUUGGGUGCCAUUGCCUUCAUGAUACGACGCCGGCGGAAAAAAGAACCCAUUCCUCGAACCGAAGACGCAAACGACGGGAAGGAUGCGGUCUGGGGAAAGGCACAGCUACAUGGCGACUCUAUACCCGUCAAACCAAAAACAUCCCCGCAAGAGCUGCCAAAUUCUUGGCUUCGAGAGCUACCGGACUCAGGUUUCCGGGAGCUUCCACUUGGUUCUGACUCGACAGAGCUUCCUAUAUCGCCCAUGUCGAAGGAGCUUCAGGGAAGUCAGAACCUUCCGAGGUAUGAAUUGGAUGGUGGUGGUACUCAUUUCGAGAAGAGGGAGGGGGGUGGGAGAGGUGAAAUGCUUUGA